UCGGCAAGCCCAGGAAGCGUUCAGACUGGCCACAGAAGUGUUGGAAGGAUUAGAACGUUUUGUUGGUGCAUGAUCAUUGUUUAUGACUGGCGUCAGGUUUUUAUAUUUGACUGUAUGACACUCUAAAUACUGUUCAAAGCGCAGCUAAAAGGUAAUGAGACAAAUUUAAGCUACCUAAGUGGAAGUAUACUUCGGGCACACUAUUGUCGCAUAGCACGACUUUAAAUUUUGGCUAGACAUGACUAAUCUUGCAUAACAUGAUCCAAAUAUUCAACUCAAGAGAAAGUAAGAUUUCUCAAUAGCAUUAGUUUUAAUCUGUAAUUUUGUGUUAUCCUAGUGACAAGUAGUGACAAGUGUCCAUAGGGUAACGAAUGUUAGGCAAGUCAAUGUCUGAUUCAAUUUGUCUGAUGUCUUUUACAAUACUCGCAAGUUAUCCUUCGUUUGGUUCGUGGUCCAAUUUGUAGUCUAGAGUUUCCAAACCAAAAUUACUUCAUAACGUGACGUGGACCUCUCUAAGAGUUCUUAGUAUUUUUUAGUUUACUAAGUUGUACGAACAAUGUCGUAAGUUGUGAUAGCAGAUAAACUAUGGUAUCGUUGCAAUUUUUCUUUUGUUCACGUCAAGGUCGAAUGUUUUCAAGUUUACUUUUACUAGAUUUCAUUAAAAAAAUAUUAGCGUUGAAGUAUCAAGUGGAACCAAAAAGAAGUGAUCCUAUUCAGCUGAGUCAUGUUAAUAAGACUUUUCGAGCUCAUACUAAUUCGUUAAAUGAAAGAAAAUGUCUAGCUCUAAGAUUUGUUAGCUUGAAAAAUUACCUCCUAGUAUUCUUUUAUUCUUCCAAUUCCGUUCCUUUAUUUGAAUCUGGUUAUAAGUUCUGUUUUCUAGUCUCACCAUAAACCGGUAAUUGUUGAGUGAACUGUUCUAUGGGCUUCUUUUUUUUGGUAUUAGAUAGACGAAAGGGCCACAUUAAGGUUAAAGAUAAGGUGUGUCUCCAAACGUGAACAACUCCUGUUCCCCAUGCACAUUUUUUUUUGUCAAAGCUUGCCGCUCAUAUUCGUUUUUGACUGUUGAGGAAAAAGAAAACUAGCAAUUGGGCAUUCCUGUCCACAUUCUAAAACGUGUUGUAGCUGUAAGUUUCUGGCAGUGAGGUUUAUUUACUUUAUGAUCACAGGAAUGAAAAUGGCAUCACUACUUUGAUGUUACAA